AUGUCUAGCUUUUUCUCAUUUUCGUCAGGAACUGCAAUACAAGAUGAAGAAGGUAUAAUACCAAAAUGGCUUGAUUGUCCAGAAAAAUCAACGAUUAUUAAUGAGAAAUUUGUUGCAUUUAAAAUGCCGAUAGAAGAUCAAAAUAUAGAAGAUAUUCCAGAAGGAAAACAAUGGUCAUGGGAUACGUUAAUUGAGGAUAUCAAAAAAGAUGAUAAUCAAGAACUUGGUCUUGUCAUCGAUUUAACUGGUACAAAUCCAUACUACAAUAAUGAUAAAGAAUUUAUUCGGGAAAAUAUACGUUAUGAAAAAAUUCCGUGGCCAGGCGACAAUGAAAUACCAACUGAUUAUCAAAUUCAACUGUUCAUUAAUACAUGUUAUGAUUUUAUACGCUCUAAACCAGACAAAAUUAUUGGUGUUCAUUGCACAUAUGGUUUCGAUCGAACAGGUUUUUUUAUCUGCGCUUAUCUUUGUCAACAACUCAGGAUAAGCAUCGCUAAAGCUAUUAAUCUAUUUGCGAUUGCUCGAUCGCCAGGAAUUUGUAAUCAAAUCUAUCUAGAAAAGCUUAUUCAAUUGUACGGUAAUGAAAACAUUGAACCAAACCUUGCACCACCUCUACCAACAUGGUGUUCAACGGCUGGAUUACCUGAAUCAACUAUAAAUGAACGACCACAUGAUGAUACGAAUUCUGAACAAGGCACAGAACAAACUCAACAUGAAAUACAUACAACAUCUUCUCCAAAAUUUGCUGUUGAUCUUGCUAAUGUUAUACUCAUCGAUUCAGAAUCAGCGGAUCGUAUUCGAUUAAUAUGCCAAGAAAUGUGCAAAUGGGAUCGACAAACUUUUCCAGGUUCACGACCCGUGUCUAUGGAUCGCGAAAAUUGUAACAUUGUUUCUCAAUCUUAUCAAGUCAGUUGGAAAGCAAUGGGUACUAGAUACAUGCUGUUAAUCUUAAAUAAAAGUGAAAUUUAUAUGAUCGAUCGUAAUAAUGUUGUAUUUAAAAUAAAUUAUCUAUGGUUUCCACAAGAUCCAAAUUGUACAAAUCAUUUAGAGAAUACACUUCUUGAUGGCGUAUUUGUUACUAAUAAGACUGGUAACGUAGAGGAAUAUCUAUAUUAUGUUUAUGAUGUUGUGUAUUAUAAUAGUGAAGAUGUCAGUCAAAAAUCAUUUAUAAAACGCAUGGAAAUAUAUAAAAAUAUUAUUAAUAUUAGAAAUGAAGCUGUACGCACGAGUUAUAUGGAUAACCGUUCUGAACCAUUUUCAAUACAUGCAAAAAAAUUUUGGGAUUUACCAGCAGCUCUGAAAUUACUCGGUGAUAAAUUUCAAUCACAGCUUCGUCAUGUAAGUAAUGGACUUAUAUUUCAACCGGUAAAUGAUCCUUACAUGCCCGGUGAAUUUUGGCGAGUAUUAAAAUGGGAAAAAGAUGAUACAAAUGCUAAUGCAGAAACAACAACAGAUAGUGUUAUGAAUGCAAUAAAACGUCCUAUAUCAAAAAGUCUUUUAUGUUCUGUCAUACGAGAACAUAUAUUAUUUGAGAAUUAUAUAUCUGAACUAAAUUAA